UCUAGCACCGGUAGCAUGGCCGAAGCCAGGCGCGCUUUGAGCAGAGAAGACGAGCUGCCGGUUUACCUCGCGCGCUCGGGAACCGCAGACCAAGCAGCGCGGCAGAAGCACGGCGGACUGUUCUGCAGCGUGGAAGGAGCUUACGAGAGCAAAACCAUCGACUUUGACGCUCUGAGCGUCGGCCAGCGAGGGUCGAGAACACCGCGAGGACAGAAGGGAGUGGACACGGAGACACCUUCCUCAGUAAACAGUGCACACGAGUUUAAAAAGGCGACAGAACUAAAACACGACGUGGACAAGGCGCUGCUUUCUAACGACGAGAGUGAUAGGCUUCUGAUUAAAGGAGGCCGAAUUGUGAAUGAUGACCAAUCUUUCUGUGCAGAUAUCUACAUGGAGGAUGGCCUCAUUAAGCAAAUUGGAGAUAACCUCAUAGUCCCAGGAGGGGUGAAGACAAUUGAGGCUGAUGGGAAAAUGGUGAUCCCUGGAGGGAUUGACAUUCACACCCAUUUCCAGAUGCCUUAUCGGGGUACCACCACUGUGGAUGACUUUUGCCAGGGCACCAAGGCCGCUCUUGCGGGAGGAACUACAAUGAUUGUGGACCAUGUUAUCCCAGAACCUGGCAGCAGUCUGGUGGAGGCCUUUGAGCGUUGGAGGGAAUGGGCAGAUGAGAAGUCAUGCUGUGAUUACUCACUCCAUGUGGAUAUCACUCACUGGAAUGACAGUGUGAAGCAAGAGGUGGAGAUUCUGCUGAAGGAGAAAGGAGUGAACUCCUUCCAGGUCUACAUGGCUUACAAAGAUCUCUAUCAGAUGAGCAACAGUGAGCUCUAUGAGAUCUUCACUUUCCUUGGGGAGCUGGGAGGAAUUGUGCAGGUCCAUGCAGAAAAUGGAGAGAUCAUUGCUGAGGAGCAGGCACGCAUGCUGGAAAUAGGAAUUACUGGGCCAGAAGGGCAUGUGCUCAGCCGUCCAGAGGAGCUGGAAGCUGAAGCAGUGUUCCGAGCCGUCACCAUUGCCAGCCAAACGAACUGUCCUCUCUAUGUGACUCGUGUCAUGAGCAAAAGUGCAGCAGACAUCAUUUCACAGGCUAGGAAAAAAGGUAAUGUGGUUUUCGGUGAGCCAAUCACAGCAAGCCUGGGAACAGAUGGGACUCACUAUUGGAGCAAGAACUGGGCCAAGGCUGCCUCUUAUGUGACUUCACCACCUCUCAGUCCAGAUCCCACUACCCCAGACUACCUAAACACGAUGUUGGCCAGUGGUGAUCUGAAUGUGACUGGCAGCGCUCACUGCACAUUCAGUGUGGCUCAGAAGGCCAUCGGGAAGGAUGACUUUACCCAGAUCCCUGAAGGAGUGAAUGGAGUGGAGGAGAGAAUGUCCCUCAUUUGGGACAAAGCUGUGGUUUCUGGAAAAAUGGACGAGAACUUGUUUGUAGCUGUGACGAGCACAAAUGCGGCAAAGAUCCUGAAUCUGUACCCACGCAAGGGCCGAAUAGCUGUUGGCUCUGACAGUGACCUGGUCAUCUGGGAUCCAGACCUAGUCAAGACAGUCACAGCAAAGACACACAAUUCGGCUGCAGAAUAUAAUGUGUUUGAGGGCAUGGAACUCCGUGGUGCUCCCAUGCUGGUCAUCUGCCAGGGCAAGAUCGUUCUGGAAGAUGGGAAGCUGCAGGCCACCUCUGGCUUGGGGCGCUUCAUCCCCUGCUCAUCUUUCCCAGAUUUUGCCUAUAAGCGCAUCAAAGCCAGGAAACAGUUGGCAGUGUUAAGGGCAGUCCCACGGGGCAUGUAUGAUGGACCUGUCUCAGACUUUAUUCCCAUGUCCAGGGGAGCCACUCCCUCAGCUUCUACCCGCAGCUCUCCCACCAAGGCCCCCAUCAGGAACCUCCAUCAGUCUGGAUUUAGUCUAGCAGGUCCCGAGGAAGCCCCUAUCAGGCCUGCUGGAAGGCGUAUUGUGGUGCCCCCUGGUGGCCGGUCCAAUAUCACAUCCCUCAGUUAAAGAGACUGAGAGAAGGAAUCAUUAGAUCAAGAUUAAUUAAAUGGAAUGGGAGGACAUCAUUAGUCAGUGGAUAAAAUAAAGAAGAUAAGCAAAAGACAUGGAAUCCUCAUGCCUUACCUUUCAUAAAAACCUUACCCACGUUAAGCUUUAAAGAGCACAGUAGGCCUUCUCCCAGGAAAAGUUAGACAAAUCAGCAUUUAGAAAACAGAAACUGGUUUCACAGUGCAUAAAUAAUUACAGCUGCACUUCUGCUGAUGUGAUUUGACAAAUUCAAAUGUGCUGUAAGUGUUAGGAUAACAGGUGCGUGAAACCUUAGACUCUAUUUUACCCACUCAAAUAUUUUGAAUUAAUUGAAAUCUCUUACUCUCAAUAUGCUUUCCUGGAGAGGGAUUGCUGCCUUGCUCAUAAUGAGGCGCUUGUCUUUCGUUGUUCAUCAUUAGACUCCAUGGUAUUUACAAAGAUACACUAAAGUAGGUAAAAGUUAGCAACUGAGACUUUAAAAAAGAAAAUGAAAUUUGGGAAAUGAAAUCACAUUAUUGCUAAAAACCUGCAGAGAAAAGACAGUAGUUUCCUUUUGGCCUUUUUUUGACAUUGCUUAUUGAACCAUUAUAAGAUUUGCAUAAAAGCAAGCAGUUCUUGUGUGUAAUCAUAUUUCAGAUUGGUCCCUUGCCUGUAACACUCAGUAGUUUCUUUUAAGUCUUUUUGAUAGAAACGCAGUAACACAUACCCAACAAGGCAAAAGGAAGAGUUUAAAGAUUCUAGAGAAUCAGACACACUGGAGAAAGUCAACAGUCAGUUCCCUCACCACCAUUUAGUUUGCGUACAGUCCUAAGGUUUAUUGCAACACAUUCCUGUUGAGAAGUCACAAAAAUUUUGUCCAUAAAUCUUGUUUUGUGUUAUUAUAUUUAUGUAAGUUUGACUGUUUGGUUUUUUUCCUUCUUUUUUACUGUUGAAUCAAAAAAAAAUGAAAAAGGGGGCAGGUCAAAACCACCAAUGGCAAAAUAUGUUCCUGAAUAAAGAAAUGUUGCAACUGA